AAACAUCACAGAUUCACAAUAACACCCUCCUUCUAUAGGAAAAACCAAUUUCCCAGUGCCCACACCGAAUAUGAAUGAACGACUUGCAGCUGCAAACCUCUGUUUUUGAAAAACCCUCUCUCGCACUAUCUCUUUCUCUCUCGAUUGAGAGAAUUGAGUGCAGGUAUCAAAUUAAUCGAGUGAAUAUAAACAUCAGCAUAUGCAGUUUUAAUUUGUAAUGGAGACGACUACAACUAAUUUCAACGGAGCCGCCUCAAAUCUCCACGCCGCUCCCACCUCCAAGCCUCCACCCCCUCGUCUACUCAAUUACACUUGCGAUAAAGUUCAGAGAGCAUUGGAGCAUUUGGCUUCUAUUGAGCUUCUUGAUCUGUGCAAUGAAGCAAAAGUUGAGCGUUGUCGGGCACCCAGGGACUUGAGCAGCUGUGGACGUGCUGUUGAAAGUGUGUUGAAUACAUGUGGCCAUGCCUCCUUAUGCCCAGAAUGUAGUCAGAGAUGUGAUAAUUGUCCUAUUUGUAGAAUUCCUGUGUCAAAGAAUGGGAAUAGACUUCGGCUUCGUCUUUACUACGAGUGCAUAGAAGCUGGUCUUAUCUCUAAGAGAUGUGAUGACCGGUUCCAGGAGAAAGAGGAGGCUGAACAACUAUUAACUGCUGAUGUGGAACGGCUUUAUUCACUAUUUGAUGUUGCAAUCGAGAACAACCUGGUUUCCCUGAUUUGUCACUAUGUUACAGAUGUCUGCAUGGAUGAAAGUGCAGUAUCUAGUGAUCCUAUCGUUGCUUUCUUGCUCGAUGAAGUGGUGGUUAAAGAUUGGUGCAAGAGGAUAUUCAGAAUUAUUGUGGCAGAGCUUCAUAAAAUCUAUAGUCUUAGUGUACAGGAGAUGGAAGAAGCACUAAGCUCACUUUUUAGGUAUUCUGUUAAGCUUUCUGGGAUAUCCAAUGUGCUUGACGUUUUGGAAUCAUCAUUUAAGGGUUCUCUUUCGGCACAGUUUCAUGAUCUUCAUCAAUUACAAGAGUGUGUAUUGAAGACGAAGCAGCACAUGGAGAUGAUGAUAUGGUGUAUAAGGCACCAUUUUCUUGAGUACGUCAGGUCACGGCAUAAAAGUUAUGCAUCUUGGCGUUCUAUUGUCCACGAAAGGAAAGCAGCUGCUAUUAAACGUUCAUGGCCUGAUUCAAUAGAUCAAUCUUCCGAUACCACUUCAAAUUGUGGUUCCACACUCUUCAUUGAAGAAGCACUGAAGAAUAUUGAUAUAGAAGAUGGAAUUGUAAAUCAGAUGGGUGAAAAAUCUGAAAUUGCUACCUUGCAAAAGGAAGGGUUCUACCCGAAGAUUGACGGAUUGAAAGGACUCUACCCGUUCGAAAAUCUUCGAGCUGGAAUUGAUUCACUCUUUUUACAUGGAAGUUCAGAUAUGGUGUUAGCUAAACAUGCAAUAUUCUUGUAUUAUUUAUUUGAUAGGCAGUGGUCGCUUCCCGAUAAUGAAUGGAGAGAUAUUGUAGAUGAUUUUGCCGCAACCUUUGGUAUAACAAGGCAUUCCUUACUAGAAUCUCUUACAUUCUACCUUCUGGAUGACUAUACAGAUGAGGCUCUGCAGGAAGCCUGCAGCAUUCUUCCGGAAAUAUCAGGCCCGACUACUCAUCCUAAGGUAGCACAAGUUCUUUUAGAAAGACAAAAUCCUGAUGCAGCUUUUAUGGUUCUAAGGUGGUCUGGGCGUGAUGGUGGUGCAGAGUUAGUCUCACUUAGUGAGGCUGUCACUGCUGUUCGGGUGAGAGUGGAGUGCGGACUUCUGACCGAGGCAUUUAUGUACCAGAGAAUGCUGUGCUCCAAACUUAAGAAAUUGAAGUUGAGGCAUGAACCUUCACGGAAUGCUUCAGAUGUCUUGAAAGACGAUUCUCAAACUUGGAUGAACUGGGUGGAAGCACUUGUUACCGAGAUAUGUUGUCUAUGUAUCAGAAGGAAGUUGGUAGAUCGAAUUUUAGAACUUCCUUGGGAUUCAGAUGAAGAGAAGUAUCUGCACAAGUGCCUAUAUGAUUUUGCUGUUAACGAGCCUUUAGAACCUGCUGGAAGUCUUCUUGUGGUUUUCUACCUUCAGCGUUAUCGUUAUGUCGAGGCACAUCAGGUUGACCGAAAGCUUCAUAGUCUGGAGCAGAAUUUUAUUUCUGACAAUUCUGUCAGUGAGGAAGACUUAUCCAAGAUCACACUGACAAGUCAGUGGAGAGCAGGAUUGGUUGACAAGAGCAUUGAACUGCUUCCAGAAGUUCAACAGCAACUCCUGAGAGAUGGAAAAUUACCUGAACUUAAUCCUCCAGUAACUGAAAUUGACAGCCCAGUAACUUCUGAUCCUAAAGGGCAAGAAACAAUUUUGAAUAGUUUAUUGGUUUCUUCUUCAGCCAAGUAUCCCUUUGUUUCCCAGGGUGAAAUAGCAACUCCUCUCUUGGACCCUUUAUUUAGUGAAACUCCAUCCAAAGGGUUUGGAUCUGUAUCACAUUCUGGCUUUAAGAAGUAUGGUUCGACAUUGAUAUCUGAAGUGAGCCUAUUAGACAAUGCCAGAAGAAUACAGAAGUCGAUGAAUGGCUAUGGUAAAGACUUUAAUUCUAACGGCAUCACCUCUUCUGCAACUCGUCCCAGUUCUGUGAUUGCCACACCUUUGAAAGAUUUCAAUAGAAGUUCACUAAGAAAUCCUGGUAGAAGCCAGUCCCGUGAUGAACAGAUCAGUUACAUUUCCCUGGAAAAGGACAAGAAUAAGUUCACUAAUCAAUUUAAGAAUGCAAGCCAAUAUUCCCGUACAAUCGCAGCUGAUCCUGUUGGUUCAUCCUUUAGUGGUCAGGGCUUGUUUAAAGAUUCUGCUCAAGAAAUGUACUUAAAUGCUUCUGGUAAUCAUGAACAGUUGGAAAGACAAAAAAAAAACUGGGCUGGGCCUCCAGGUGAUUUGAUGGAUGUAUCUUGGAGCCAUGAAGGGGAGGGUACUUCUAUUGAGGAUGCAAGUGCAAAUGGUGGACCUAGAUGGCGAUCUGAUGAUACUAGCGAAGAUGAUGAACAGCAGACUCCAUUUCCAAAUGGAUUUGGGGGAAAUGGUGGUGGUCAUAGUAUAUCUAUGAGAAGAGCCAGAAGAAGCAGGUUUGCCAUGAAGUGAUUUACAUAUGGCUCCUUGAGACAUUGCUGAGAUGGGGAAUGGCUAUAGCACUAUGAAAUCCCUAGAAGUUUCUCCAAAUGGAAGGCUGAAUUGGAAAGAAUGAUAGUAGUAUCUGACACCAGUUUGCUGUGUCCCAGUCUCCCAGUCUCUUCCUCACCCACUAAUUGUUGUUUAUCUGUGGAAGGUUUCUGGUUAUAGUCACAACAUUAAACCUUGGUACUGCCAAAUUUUGGUUACUAUUAAGCUAUUCAAAGCCCGGUGUUUUAGUCCUGAUAGAGUUCACUUUAUCAUCAUGGUGUGCACUCGGUAGGUUUAACCUUUUAUAUGCGAUAUUAUUCCUGUGCACACAUUAUGCUCUAGAAAGUGGAAUUGAGAGCAUGUUAUGAAAUUGAGGGACUAUAAUUUGAGUUUUAUUUAUCUGGAACAGGGAUAUUAUGAAAUUGAGGGACUCUAUAAUUUGAGUGUUAUUAAUCUGGAACAGGGAUAUAGUUUUAUUGUUUUAGGUUUGUGAAGUCCCUCCUUUUAUUGUUGUAUUUCAAUCUUCAGUUUUGCCA